GCGACCUUGAGGAAGUAUUUUCGUAGCAUGUUUCGUCCAUUUCCAACAUUCAUUCCUCAAAUAGUACUUAUCAUUUUUUUUUCUUGUUUGUUUUAGGAGAGAAAAUUGAGGAAAACAUGGAAUUGCUGCUGGCACGGGAUGAACGCUCCGCUGUCGUCGCCGCUGCCGUCGCCGCUGCCCACUCUCUUGAGACCGCAAAUGUUGGCUCCGCACUCGACCCGAAUCAACAAUCGGGCACCGCCACGCAUCGCUCAAGUGCCCUUUGAGGCUAUCCCGCUGGAGUUGGGCAACUCGGCCGGCAAACCCGGUCAAUCGUUGCCUUUCGGUGUGCCGUUAAGGCCCCCCGUCUUCCCACCCAAACUGCCGCAGACUGGACAGAAGGUGCAGGGACUUCCGUUCACCUCUGGUAUCCCGUUUCCCAUUCAGCUGUUUCCGCCCGUCUCGCCCAAUCGGCCCUGGCCUCCUACGAACCCGCUCGUGUCCGAAUCCCCUCUGCCCGCUCUCGUGACUUUGACCACCGAGACAUCGUCGACCGUUCAAACGAAUCCGAGUCCGUUACCCAACAACUUUCCUGCAAUCAAUUUGACCGAAACUCCAGCCAUCCCACACAUUAUCGAAACGACUUUAUCAGUUUUUUUUUUCCUGAAGACUCCAGUGUCCGUCACCCUACGGUGGUUGCAGUUGUAACGACAGCAGCAACAAUAACAAAAAUAACAACGACAACAACACAGUUACCGCUACCGAAAUCGACUACCAUCCUAGUUCACGAGUAAUCGUCGAUCGAUAUCUCUUCUAUAAUGCAACCGUCCAUCGAGGACGAAAGCUCGUCGAGCGGCCUUUUGCCGUUGGAUGGCCCGUCUCUUGUUCCGCCAGUGAUGUCUUCAUCAUUGCCUGCGAUGCUUUACUCCUGUGAUAUCUCCUCCUUUUUGUCCGUCCUUCAAAGCUGGCCUACGCCGUCCACUGUGCCUCAAUUGGAGGCCGGCACUCCUCCUAAUGUCCUUCAACUGCCCGACAGUAACAGAUACACGCCCCCACUGCCGUCUGGCCGUCCGGGUCAAGUCUUCCACGACGAAUAUUUGUCUCCGGCCAACGGUUACGGCGACGUUGACGUCAUCACCAGCGACAACAUUCAACCGCACGGAACCUACGGCGAUACCUUCGAACUGGUCGUCACCGCUGCCCAGAAUUUCGGCGGAUCCUCGCCGCCCGUCAACAACGGAAGGCCUUACGUCAUUCCGGUUGACAUCGACAAUGUUCACGGAGGCCUACAAUCACCUGCUUCGGUGGAAUCCGAUGAAUACGUUUCGAUUGACGGCCGCAAAACAUACUUUAAUCUCUUUCCAACGGAAACAGUCGACGGGAACGAACCGAUGGUCCAAGCGACCGCCAUGCCAAAACCAGCACCGAUGAGCCAUUGGAUACGGUUACGCUUAAACGGAGAGCCCUGUUGAGCCAGUUCGACCGGCAGCUCCGCCCAGGCUAAGUUAUCCGGUAGCUGCAGCACCGGUUGUUGUCAAUCGGCCCACUGCUUUACUUAUUAGAAGACCAUCCAUGACUCUUCUUGGACUCCGGAUCGACGCCUGCAUCGUGGGAGACCCUAAUGCCUGUUUAAGAGCCCAAAAAAUCGUGUCAAGCCGAAGAAGAUGGAUCAGCUUGCUCUUGUAAACCGGGUUUUUGGCCGGAAGAAAUCCAGUGAAGUCUGCAAAGGAUUGACCAGUCUCCUGGUAUCAAAGAGAUUAGACCGAUUGGACAAUCAGAGAUUAGCCAUAAAGUUUAUCCGUUCUAGAAAAAACUUUUUUCAGCAUCGAUUUCAUGUUUUAUUUCAAACGCACUAGACCAUUGGUAUUAUUUGUUGAUUGUUAUGCUUUAUUAUAU